GAAGCAGAAAUUUUGCUAUAGUCACUGUAUUCCUUCUGUGUGCUUUAAUUUCAGUCAGUAUUUUAAGGAGAAAUGGCAGUUACUACGGAUCACAUUCGGGAAAAACUGAGUGCAGAAAUUGGUGCAAUACACGUGGAAGUAGAAGACACAUCUUCCAGCAGAUGUGCUCUAAGUUUUAAGGUGCUUGUGGUGUCUCCUCAGUUUGAAGGGAAGCCACUGUUGCAGAGACACAGAAUGGUGAACACUUGCCUUGCUACUGAACUGAAGGAGAUACAUGCCUUUGAGCAGAAGACCUUAACGCCAGAGCAGUGGGAAAAGCAGAAACAGCAGUGACGUAGACACAUACACUGUAUUUCCCAUACUAAUGUUUUGACCUUCAUUUUCAAUGAAAAAAUAAAUGGCAAAAAAAACAAAA